CAGAUGGUGUAGAUCGGUAGCUUGUCAAGAUGUUAGUAGAGUUAUUGGCGCUCGUUGUUGUCCUCCUGCUGGUGGUCUACCGCUGGUCGACGCUGCACUAUAAUUUCUUCAAGGAUCGUGGCAUUCCAUAUGAUAAGCCAUAUCCAUUUUUUGGCAGCAUGUUCAAAAUGUUUUUGCGCAAGAAAUCAAUGUUUGAUCUAAUUGUCGAUCUGUACCACAAGGGUGAUGGCAAGGUUUUAGGUGUAUUUGAGCAGCGCAAGCCGCUGCUGAUGAUACGCGACCCGGAUCUAGUUAAGCAGAUCACUAUCAAGGAUUUCGAUCACUUUAUCAAUCAUCGGAAUAUCUUUGGCGUAGACAACGAUGAUCCUCAUGACAUGGACAAUCUCUUCGGUAGCUCCUUGUUCUCCAUGCGCGAUGCGCGCUGGAAGGACAUGCGCAGCACUCUGAGUCCUGCCUUCACGGGCAGCAAAAUGCGUCAAAUGUUCCAGCUGAUGGAUAUUGUGGCCAAAGAGGCAGUUGACUGCCUGAAGCGCGAUGAUAUUCCAGAGAAUGGACUUGAGCUGGACAUGAAGGACUACUGCACCCGAUUCACAAACGAUGUCAUUGCCUCCACAGCAUUUGGGCUGCAGGUGAACUCAUUCAAAGAACGGGAGAACAAGUUCUAUUUGAUGGGAAAGAAGCUGACCACCUUCACGGCGCUGAUGAACCUCAAGUUUUUGCUAUUCCAAACUGCGCAGAAACUGUUUAAGACUCUGAAAAUCUCACUCUUUGAUAAGAAAAGCACAGACUAUUUUGUGCGUCUGGUGCUGGACGCCAUGAAGUACCGUCAGGAGAAUAACAUUAUACGCCCGGAUAUGAUCAACAUGCUGAUGGAGGCACGCGGCCUACUCAACUCAGACAAGCCCAAAUCAGGCGCAGUUCGGGAUUGGAGCGAUCGUGACAUCGUUGCUCAAUGCUUUGUUUUCUUCUUUGCGGGCUUUGAGACAUCGGCGGUACUCAUGUGCUUCACGGCCCAUGAGCUGUUGGAGAACGAGGAUGUGCAGGAGAAGCUCUACGAAGAGGUGGCCCAGGUCGACAGUGAUUUGGAGGGCGGACAGCUGACAUACGAGGCUAUAAUGGGCAUGAAGUAUAUGGAUCAGGUGGUUUCGGAGGUUCUGCGAAAGUGGCCGGCGGCCAUCGCCAUUGAUCGCGAGUGCAACAAGGACAUCACAUACGAGGUCGAUGGCAAAAGUAUUGAGAUCAAAAAAGGAGAUGCUAUUUGGUUGCCCACCUGCGGCUUUCAUCGUGAUGCCAAGUAUUUUGAGAACCCGAAUAAAUUUGACCCAGAUCGUUUCAGCGAGGAGAACAAGGACAAAAUUCAGCCAUUUACGUAUUAUCCUUUUGGCGUAGGGCCACGCAAUUGCAUAGGCUCUCGAUUCGCAUUACUUGAGGCCAAAGCUGUGAUCUACUAUAUGCUGCGCGACUUCCGCAUUGUGCCAGCCAAGCAAACCUGCAUUCCGCUGGUCCUUAACACAUCCGGAUUUCAAUUGGCGCCCAAAACUGGAUUUUGGGUGAAACUUAUUCCGCGUAAAUAAGUCGAUCAAAUUGUAAAUUUAAAUAAUUGUAAAAAU